AUACUGAAUUGAUGUAGAUUUAAUUUUACACUGUGCCCAGCCCACACGCGAUAUGGUGACGAGGGGUCCUGUUGGUACAGUAUUGCAGGAGAGAUGGCGGAUAGUCUGCUUGUGUUGUUUGUCUAUGGAGCUUUACUGCAGCCUGUUCUGGGUGUCGACAGUGUACCUUUGCGCGGAAUAGGAACGUAUCAUAAUCAUGCCGCAGUUUGGAAGGAUGCGAGGAAACUAUGUCGGAAUAGAGGCGGGAAACUUUUAACUAUUGAAGACAUUGAUAAUUGGGACAAAGUAGUCGACCAAUUAAACGUCACAAAUACGGGACCAUUUAUAUGGGUCGGCGGACGGGAAAUCAAAGACGCUUGGAUAUGGUCACAUGAUUUAUCCGUACUACAGACGGCUCCUCUGGGUUGUUUCACAGAAAAGUUUACUUACUCUAAUACCUUUAUCAACAAUCAACCCACCUUGUGUACAAGUUUCUGUAGACACAGCAUGACCAUGCAAUAUGCUGCUUUAAAGGGGUCUGAGUGUUUUUGUCUCCGAGAAGAGACGUCGUUUAAGUCUGUAUUAGAAGCCAAUUGUAACACAGCCUGCCCCGGAAAUAGGCACCAGGUCUGUGGAGGCGAUAGCAGCGUCACUGUCUACAACACUGAAGGUUCCCUAGGAUGGCACAUGCAUAAACCGGAUGCUGAACAAACACGACAGGACUGUGGGCAGAUAAUGAGGAUUACCAACAAUGAAACGAUGUGGUAUUCUGGAAACUGUACACAAAGACACAAAUACGUGUGUAAAAUAGUAAACAAUCCCGCUAUAUGUACCUUUUACAAAAGAGCAAUUCCUUGUUAUUAUGCAUCCGAGGACGCACAAACCUGGUUUGAAGCAGGUAAAAAAUGUAAGCAGAUGGGAGGUCAUCUCGCAGACAGAGCUGUUGAAAACGAGGACGAAGACAGCCUUCUAAAUUAUCACUCGUUUUAUUGGACGGGUCUUACACGGCUCAUACAGACAUGGAUCGGUGGAAAUAAAGACUUAGUGGAUUUUGACCUUCCCCGUUCACUUAGAAUUGAGAACAAAACCAAGACAUGUUUGGCUCUACAGAGAAGUGAAGAGGACGAUUCCUGGUCUCUGGGCAGUGUGUCGUGUAAGGAAGAACUGCCCUACGUCUGCCAAACUUCGGGAACUAUCCCCGAGUCCAAUGAAUAUACAUACCGAAACGACCAGGACAUGGAACUGCCUAGAGCCGAAAUAGAACCGGAUGACCAUUGGUUCGUCAUAUUCUACAUAGUUAUACCUUCGGCGGCAGGCACUUUCAUGGUCAUUAUUCUGAUAAUUAUCAUCUGUAGUGUUCGAAGAAGAAAUGCAAAGAAAGCUCAGAGGAAAAAAGAGGAAGAACAUUUUUAUUUCGUAUUGGAAAAGGAAGAAAGCAUAUAUAACACUAUAGAUGGUCCGGAUACAAUGAGAGAGACGCCAUUCCGAGUAAAACCUGGAACCAAGGAUCAACCAAGAUCAUCUAAAAUAACACCAAAACCUGACAAUAUAGUUACAGACAACACCUACCAUCAGUUAGAAUUUAAAGGAAGGAUGUCGAACGCCUUCAGUAAUGGCGUCCUAGUACAUCACGUGGACGAUUCUACGGACGAUAAUCCGUAUGACGUAGUGAGGUCAUCAGAAUAUGACACUAUUGAAAAUAUCAAACGGAGCUGUUUUACACUGGUGGAUAAACCAUAUGACAAGUGCGGGUCGUUUACAAGGCCAGCACAGGACAUCAAUUGUAAUCAAAACAAUUCUCGAAAUCCAAAAUGAUUCACGUCAAUUAUGUUUAAUGCGCAAAACCAUCACAUUUCGUGUUGGAUCGGAAGUAUCUUCUCAUUAUUGUAAGUGUUUAUUUAUUUGAAAUGACAGUGGCUUACAUAUAAAGUAAGGCGUAUUAACAAGUGCAAAUCAUCGCAUCCUUUUUAUUUACAUUCUUCAGGAAACUGUAGCCCUUAACAAAAAUAAGGAGGAAGGGAUCACGUGAUACACAUCAAUAUCAAUCCCUUGUCUCAAGAGAUUCGUACUUAUCACCAUAGGAUACUCAAAUUGUGAUAAAACUUACUGUCAUUGUCGAUAUAAUACAUGUGGUCAUUUUAUCACAAGUGGCCCAAUUUAUGACUCGCUCUCCUCAUUCACAUUGAUUUAUGUUGUUGAAAUCAAUAAUGCUUUACCUUAAUUCUUUCAAUUUACAUUCAAUUUUCAAUUAUAUCUGCAUGAGCUUGGAGCGCUUUUUUUCAAAGAAUCGUUUAUUUGCUUUUAGUCUGCAUUGGUAAGUUGAGUUUGUAAAGUGUAAGUAAUGUCUGUGUCGAGAAUUCUAUACUCAUCACAAGUUCUAUAACAACACGUUAUCACGGCAAACAUUAACACGACAUGGAUCUAUGUGUCUGUAGCUGUCAAUCCUAAUUGUUGUUUAUACAUGUACAGGAAAAUCAUUAGAUUUUUUAUCAUGUUUAGGAAUUAACUGUCAUAUUUUAUCGUUUCCUAAAUCUGACGAAAUUCUUGGUAAGUUGACACUGGACGUGUGACUAAAUGAUAUUUAUUCAUCCAGGAACUGUAGUGUGAAUCUGUCAACUUCAUUCCUUAAUUGCUUUAGAAUCAUUAUAACUUAUCGUAGGUAAAAUGUCGUUGCUUUAAAAAAAAAAUAAACAAAAACGAUGCUAUUUCGUCGGCACUUGAUUUCAUGAAAAUUAACUAAAAACAAAAUUCAUGUAAAUCUUAAAAUGUGAAUUUUGAAUAUAUAAAACUGGGUUAGAAAUACUCACCGAAUGAAUGACAAUAAAAAAACUUAUAUCAAAUAAUUUAUGCAAUAUAUUGACCAAACGCGCAAUUAUUUGUCCCAAUGGGUGACCUGAGGAUGUAAUUUAUUACUAGAAUCUCCUCCAAUUACCUGUCGUAUUACUCUUAUAUUUUAAAGAUGUAAUAAAAUUUUCUUUCAUUACCUUGUUUCAAAUUAUCAGCAAGAACUUGAAUCCAAGAAUCGAGAAAAGAUCAUUUUUGUUUCACGUUAUAUUGCCUAUUGGUUAGCUUAAACUUGUAUUGUUCAAAUAUGAUUCCGAAACUUAUCACCAUUAAACAUAGCUUUGUUUUAUUUUCAUAAAAUAUUGAAACAUUUGUGCUACUAUUCUUAACAGAAAUACUGAACCUGUAAUGUUCUGUAAAUAGUAUUAGUUUUGCUGUUUUGCUUAAUUAACAUCAAUCAUUUCUUGUUUUGCUUUGAUGUGUAUAUUUUACUGUUUUAUCGUUGAUACUCUGUGAUCAGAUUAAAUAGUCUCCUACAGAGCGAUAAAACCGAUACAGAUUUGCUUUCCUCGCUCUAUAUGUCCUCGUAUCGAUCUCUGAACAAAGCGUGAUAAUCUUAGAUAUAGAUGAACUAUGAUAUCGUGACAAACAACUGUUUAAAUCUGUCAUUGUGGGUGUGUGAGAAGUAUGUAUGAUUGAGAGAAGUGUAUGGAGACAAAUGAUAAACUAUCACUAAAUGUCAAGAAUUUGUUAUCGUGAAUGUUAAUCAUCCAUGGAGAUAGUAAGUGUAUACAAAGCUUACGUCUUGUAAAAAACGUUUUCAAUAAAAUGUGAUCAAUGUUUAGUAACAAAAUCAA